AUGGCGAAAAGAGGCUGCGAGAUCGGUGACACAUUCGAAGCUCUGAACAAUGCCGUUUUUGAAAAAUAUUUAGUGGAACCAAAAGUAUUAUCGGAAAAAGAAAGACUUUUAUAUCUCGCUACUUAUACCACAUUUGAUGAAUUGACCAAACGUUUUAGUCGUUGGCUAAUAGAUAGAGAUUUGAUUGAACAACAGCGACUGAUCGACACGGUGUUAUCUAACCACGGAACAAGCUCGAUACGACCAUAUUUCAACGGGCCUCCACUAAAUGUCACAUGUAACAUAUUCAUCAAUAGUUUCGACUCCGUUAAAGAAACUACAAUGGAAUAUUCCGUCACUAUAUAUCUUCAUCAACGGUGGUGGGAUCCAAGACUUCGUCACAACAGCUCCAACACCAUCACACUGUACUCGCACGAUUUUAUUGACAAUAUAUGGAGGCCAGAUCUUUACUUCGACAACGAGAAAAAGGCCACUUUUCACCACGUCACUACCGACAACAGAGCCCUGAGUGUUUCAUCAGAUGGCGAAGUGUUUUACAGUAUGAGGUUAAGCCUGACACUCUCGUGUAAUAUGAAUUUACGAUGGUUUCCCAUGGACAAGCACAAAUGCAAAAUGGUUUUGCUGAGUUAUGCCUAUGAUGCCAGCCAUUUGGCGCUGUAUUGGCGAAAAGUAGAUCCAGUAGCAGUAUACACGGACAUAAAACUGCCACAGUUUGAACUAACUAGUUAUACAACAGUGGAAUAUUUACAAGACUACGGUCUUACGAAUUGGUCCUUUCUGGAGGUACACUUCACUCUUGAGCGCCAGAUGGGAUUCUACAUACUAACGACGUACAUACCCAGCGCCCUCUUGGUAAUAUUAUCUUGGGUUUCCUUCUGGUUACACAUGAAUGCCACGGCUGCACGCGUGGCGCUGGGAAUUACCACGAUAUUAACCAUGGCAACGCAAAUCACUGGCGCGAGGCAGUCACUUCCGGCUGUAUCCUACCCAACGGCGAUCGACGUGUGGAUGGCCUCGUGUAUGUUUUUUGUUUUCGCCGCAUUGCUGGAGUUUGCCGCUGCCAAUUAUAUUUAUGUGUUUGGAAAAGACACCAUAGAUAAAGCCGGCCGCUUAGCGGCCAUGGAGCAACAGAAACGAAAAGAGGAAUUGGAGAUGCUGCAAAAUUUUAGUCUUGGACGAAGUAGGAUUGACAAUGGUGAUCUGAGGUCACGCGAUGGAAUCAGGGUUAUUUUCUCCAAGGACAUGGACGAUAACGACGGUAAAGUGCACACAGUAAGGAAAAACAUUCCAGCUGAAGCAACGGACAACAUAGACGAACAGAUGAGAACAGCGUGUUGUUCAAUGAACCGGGCCAAAUACGUGGACCGGGGAGCAAGAAUUAUUUUUCCUGUGUUCUUCGUCGCCUUCAACUGUGUGUAUUGGCGUGUAUAUUUGUCACAAGCUUAA